AUGAUGACAACGGGCGAUGGUGGUGAAGACACGGCGCAGGCCAGUAGUGUGUGGGUGAGCACGUGAGUCCGGUGGGAGGAGAGCACGGAGCUACAUUAUAUUAGUGACACAAAACUCAGUGGACAGAUCACUCUGAAGGCCGACACGAAGAGCGACACAAGCGAUCUGGAAGGUUCCCGAGGUGAAGGAACAUCACUCAACAUGCAGGGCAACCAUCUGGUCCUGACGAUGGCCGUACUGGGCUACAUGACUGCACCCACCAGUGCUGAGCCUGACUACUGUAAGCGCGGCAUGUGGCUGUCAGACGCCUACCGCCAUUGUUUCGAGGAGCAGCGCUUCAACCUGCCGUACCUGCCGCUGCAGCAGGUGACAUCAGUCGUGGAUGGCUGCAUGAUGGAGGACUACGCUCGCCACGUCUGCCAGGUGGUGAAGCCGGCAGCGCUCUCCUGCUUUGAAGGCGCGAUUAACCGCUGCGACGACAAGGACAGGCUGAUGACCAUCGCUGACCAUUCUGGUGGAGCCUGCGACGGGAUCCAAGUCAACGGGGAGUUCAAGAAGCACGUUCUGAACUUCCUGCUGCCGGUGCGGGCGGAUUCUGGCUGCUUCUCUGAGCAACUGGAUGAUGCUACCAAUGAAUGCUUGGAAAACGGAGUCGACAUGAUGGAGCGCGAGAAUGCCAAGCUGCAGCUGCUGACAGUCGACAAGUUCAUUGUCGCCAACAACAUAUUUUUCGACCGCGUCUUCACGUGCUUCAUAGACGUGUACCGCAGCAACAUGGCGGCCUGUAGGAACUGGCAGAUCCCUCUCCUCCUGCAGCUGCAGAGCACCGCCAUCCCCUCGCUCUUUGGCAUGACCUUUACCCCUGAGCAGAUGGGCAAGCUGGAGUUGUCCUCAGAGUCACAUCGCAGACCAUGCCCCCAGCCUCCACUUCGUCAGAACAGGAAGGAGACGGACAAGAAAAGCAGCAACCUGAAGACAUCCCUCGACCACCUUUUAAGCCAAAGGCGUAAUCAUUAACUUGUUCCAACACUUGAAGUAUUGAUGAUGUCUUCAUGAUUUCAUUUCUAUUAUCGAUGAUUCAAUCAUUCACAAAGCAACAGUUUAUUUUUUUAAUGUGUACAAAUUGAUGCCUUUCAUUGUCAUCCCCAAGUAAUCUCGAAUUUAUUUCCCCAAAGUUCCGAAAGGACUCGUGAUCACAAGACCAGUAUUUCAUUGUCAUCCCCAUGUAAUCUGUUUUAUUUCCCCAAAGUUUUGUAAGGACACGUGAUCACAAGACCAGUAACCAUUUCACUCGCGCUGUGACUUGAUUAACACAAGAACAGGUCAUAAGAUGCUUUAUUACAGGGACAAAGCGAAAGAAUAAAUCAGAUGGCACACUUAGAAGUAAGCAAAAGUUUAUUCCAAGACAACAGUAAGAAUAUAAAUGCGCUGCAUCCACACUGUUGAUAAUCUUACAAAUUGCGUCCCUUGAAAUUAAGCUUUAAAACUUUUUAAUGCUCCCAUCUUUCACAAAGGAUACUUUUUGGUAAGAUCUGUGGGAGGAAAAGAUAUUGCAUAAAUACUAAAAACAGAUAAAUGUCAUUCUAGUUCUGUAAAGACCGAGCUGCUUCCCUUUAUCUAACUACAGGUUACUUCUCAAUCAUCCGAAUAAGUACAAAGGUGUUAACGGCAGAAUAAAUCAGAUUUAAAGAUU